AUGAAUAUUUCCAAACGAACAGGAGUGAAGGAGAGGUCGGUUUCUCUGGUGCAGAAGGAAGCCAAGGAACAAUCUGCUGUGGAGGAACAAACCGAGCCCAUUGUGAAGGAAGUCAUCCAGACAACAGAGGGGACUGAGGAAGAAGGUCAGCUUCCACUGAACCCAUCACAGGAGCAGCAGGCCCCUGAAGGUGAGAGUCCGGACGCAGUAGGAACUCCAGCCAAAUCAGAAGAUGCAACUGAGGAAUCUUUUGAAGGGAAACUGGCGGUUGAGGCAGGAUCGUUUGAAGCAGAGGCUGCUGUCCAGGUAGAGGAAAGAAAUGCAGAGGACCAACCAGAGGAUAUGCUCAAAUACAAAGCCAAGAAGAAGAAGCCUAAACUCCUGAAUACAUUUGAGAAAACGAUCAAAGCGGAAAUUGACGCGGCUGAGAAGUUACGUAAAAAGGGGAAAGUGGAGGAGGCUGUCCGGGCUUUUGACACUCUAGUUCAGCAGUACCCCCAGAGUCCAAGGUGUCGCUAUGGGAAAGCCCUGGCCGAAGAUGACCUGGCAGAGAAGAUGCGCAGCAACGACAUGCUGCAGAAGGCCCUCAGCACGUACAAGGAGGCGUCAGAGCUGCCCAACGCCACGCCGGACCUCAUCAAGGCCACACUGAAGAAACGGGCCGAGCGUCAGCAGUUCUUAGGUCGUAUGAGGGGUGCCUUAGCCACGUUGGAGAAGCUGGUACAGAUCUUCCCUGAGGACAUGGCCCUGAAGAACGAUCUGGGCGUGGCUCACCUGCUCAUCGGAGACAACAAGAGCGCCAAGAGGGUCUACGAGGAGGUGUUGGCCAUUGCACCAAGUAACGGCUUUGCUAAAGUCCAUUACGGCUUCAUUCUCAAAUCAGAAAAUAAGAUAGCAGAGAGCAUCCCAUUCCUCAGGGAUGGUUUGGAAUCAGGGGAUCCUGGCACAGACGACGGCAGAUUUUACUUCCACCUCGGAGACGCUUUGCAAAGAAUGGGAGACGACAGUGCCUACAAGUGGUAUGAGAGAGGGCACCAGAGAGGUCACUUUGCCUCUGUAUGGCAGCGAUCUCUCUACAAUGUGGACGGUCUCAAAGCCCAGCCAUGGUGGACGCCCAAGGACACUGGCUAUAUGGAUCUAAUCAAGACCCUGGAGAGGAACUGGAGGACCAUUAGGGACGAGGCCCUGUCAGUGAUGGAUAAAACCACCGGCCUCUUUGUUCCAGAAGAGGAGAAUCUCAGAGAAAAAGGGGAGUGGGGCCAGUUCACACUCUGGCAGCAAGGCAAGAAGGCAGGGGAGUCCUGCCACAGUGUUCCAAAGACCUGUGGCCUGUUGGAGCGCUACCCAGAGGCAACAGGCUGCAAGAGAGGACAGAUCAAGUUCUCGGUGAUGCAGCCUGGUACUCACGUCUGGCCCCACACGGGGCCCACGAAUUGUCGCCUGCGCAUGCACCUGGGCCUGGUCAUCCCCAAGACAGGCUGCAAGAUCAGGUGCACCAACGACACCAGGGCUUGGGAGGAGGGGAAAGUGCUCAUCUUUGAUGACUCCUUUGAGCACGAGGUGUGGCAGGACGCCGACAGCUACCGGCUCAUCUUCAUCGUGGAUGUGUGGCACCCCGAGCUCACCCAGUACCAACGGCAGACUCUCUCCCCCAUUUAA